CGUGUUGUAGAAUUUGCAGUAGAGGAGCGAAAGACCUUGGAGGGUCUCACCCAGAAAACAAACUACCAAUGGGCCCCGUCGCCUAGCGUUUACUUGACCAAGCCUUGCUUUUGGUGCAUUACCAACAUCAGCACUCACCAAAAAUCAAAGGUCUUCCAUCUUUCCAACUUCCACUCAGUUGACACCUAGAGGACGGGGAAAAUGGCAUCAAUUCCAUCAAGCGGUUCCCUUAUCGCCACCCAUGACUACUACCGAAGGCGCAUUGGAUCUACAUCUAGCAACAGUUCCUGUGGCAGUUCGGAGUACACUGGGGAGGUCAUUCCACACCCACCAGGUCUGGUACGACAGGACUCUGGCCACUGGUGGUCCAGUUUCUUCUUUGGGAAGCAGAAUCAAAUGGGGACACCCAAUGGAUUUGAAUCUCAGCAGAAGACUGGCACCUACACUGUCACAAACGGUCAGGUGACCUGCGUUGCUCAGGAGAUUGUGAUGAAGAGACAUAUGAGUGAGAGCAGUGACUCCGGGAAGGAGCCUGGAUCCCCCCUCCCCUCAUAAACCACCCGACCCAAUUCCACACCCUUCACCCUCAUCCAGGAGUCACCGCACGUAGAAGCAGGCGACGGAGGCUCCAUUUUUCUUUUCUUUUUUUUUUUUUUAGUAAAAACUGGCUGUUUUUUAUGUCAUGUUUUAUAGUGUUUGUUUUUUUUAUCUAUGACCAAAUCAUUGCAAAUAUAUUGUAUUUGCUAUAAAUAAAUGACUAAGAGCAGCCCAAA